AUGUCCUUGAAGCAGGAAAUUGAGACCUGGGUACAGGCCCUAGACCACUACGAUAACCAGGAAUAUGAUGAAGCUCUUAGGGUCUUUGGUGCGAUUGCAGAGACCUCCAAGAUCCUCUUCAACUGCGGGGUCAUCUAUGCCACAUUAGGAGAGCAUGAACGAGCUGUUGAUUGCUACCAGCGGGCUGUUGGCCUGGAUCAGUACCUGGCUAUUGCCUACUUCCAAGAGGGAGUGUCCAACUUCCUUCUGGGGGACUUUGAGGAGGCAUUGGCUAAUUUCAAUGACACGCUGCUCUACCUCCGGGGCAACACUUCCAUCGACUACGAGCAGUUGGGCUUGAAGUUCCGGCUGUUCUCCUGUGAGGUGUUGUUCAAUCGGGGCCUGUGCUAUAUUUACCUGCAGCAAAUGGGCCCUGGCAUGCAAGACCUGCAAUACGCAUCAAAAGAGAAGGUCACGCCCGACCACGAUGUGAUCGACGAUGCCAUUCGUGAACAAGCGGCGGGCUACACGGUCUUUUCGAUUCCGGUUGGGGUGGUGUACCGACCCAACGAGGCCAAGGUAAAGAACCUCAAGGCGAAAGACUACCUGGGCAAGUCCCGGUUGAUUGCCGCGUCCGAGCGCAGCAGCAUGCCGUCCGCCGCCAGCGACGACCUCAAGCGGACCAUGUCCAUGCUGGACCACCGCAAGCCAGAGACGCUGCCGUUUGCCACGUCGCACCUGGUGCAUAAGAACCUGCAGAGUCGGAGCCGUCAGCAAUCGGAGCCGCCUCUGAACCGUAAUCUCUUCCCUCCUACUCCCCCGCCGGACGCAGACAAGGCGAGUACCAACAGCUCCACAGGUAAUCUCGCGAUGAACAGUCGACCGGGCUCCAUCCGGGCAGCGCGGCCGCCCCGGCUCGACCUGGAACGGCCGGCCAACACCGCGGGCCACAGUACCGAAACGCUGGUCGACAAGCCGCGGAUCGGCACGACGCGCACGGCGUCCGAGUCGCGGGCAGGUCCGGGUCGACCGGGGCCGGGGCCGCGAGGGCCGGGCGAGUCCCACGGCCAUCGACGAGGCAUGAGUGACACGGGCUUUGCCCCGACGGUGAGCCCGGAGGAGACGUACUCGGGUACCCGAUCGAUGCCAGCGGGAGCCAGCUGGCGCCGUCAGCAAGAACGGUAUAUUGACGAGCAGGAAGAGUAUGCCAGUGAUGCGUACGAGGACCACGGGCCGGACGGUGAGUUUGAGAUCAUGGGGACGCGGCCACAGGCGUCCCCGAACCGGGGAUCGCGGCGGGGGACGUCACGGCGGCCAGAGGUGCGCAAGUUCCGGGUGAAGGCGCAUUCACGAGAAGAUACACGGUACAUCAUGAUGGAACCGACGAUUGAGUUUAGAGAGUUUGAGAGUCGGAUUCGCGACAAGUUUGGAUUCCGCACGCUGCUGCGAAUCCGCAUGCAGGACGACGGGGACAUGAUUACGAUGGUGGACCAGGAGGAUCUAGACUUGUUGAUGGCAGGAUCGCGCGAGAUGGCACGACGAGAGGGAAGCGAGAUGGGGAAGAUGGAGAUAUGGGUUGAGGAGCGAGGCGUGAUUUAG